UUUUCGGGAGCGCGAUCGCAGAUGCUGCCUGAGGUGCUCCAACAUGUUGUGUGUUCUGUUCAAGAUAUAUAGCAUCUGCAGAAUCUGCAAACUUCUGUGUGUGCAUAUAAUGUAUGGGAUGAAGCUCACUUGUUGAAACAGCAUUGAUCCAGGGUCUAAAGAGAAGCAAACUCAUCUUCACUGUUACGACAAGUAUGGGAAAGGAUUCGUUCAUCAUGCCUGAUGCUACACCAAUAAGUUUAGUGUGGAGAGAGGACAUUCGCCUGUUUUGAAUGUGGAAAGAAAUUCAUUCUUAUUGAACUUGGUGAGAGACCAAUGAGUUCAUACCUGGGACAGACCAUCUGCCUGCUCUGAGUGUGGAAGGAGUUGUACUCAGUCAUCCAAACUGAUGGCACACCAGCGAGUUCAUACUGAGGUGAGGCCGUUCAUCUGCUCUACAUGUGGGAAGAGAUUCACUCGGGCAUCCAGCCUGAUGGUACAUCAGCGAAUUCACACUGGCGAAAGGCCUUUCACUUGCUCCGAGUGUGGGAAAGGAUUUACUCAUUCAUCCAGCCUGAACUUACACAGGAAAAGGCACACUGGGGACAGGCCAUUUAGCUGCUCUGAAUGUGAGAAGAGGUUCAUUAAUUCAUCCAGCCUCCUGAGACACCAGCAAGUUCACACUGGGGAGAGGCCAUUCUCCUGCUCUGAGUGUGGGAAGAGAUUCACUCAGUCAUCUGAGCUGUUCUUACACCAGCGAAUUCACACUGGGGAGAGGCCAUUCUCAUGCUCCGAAUGUGGGAAGAAAUUUGCUCAGUCAUCAAGUCUGCGGGCACACCAGCGAAUCCACACUGGAGACAGGCCCUUUGCCUGUACUGAGUGUGGAAAGAGAUUCACUCGGUCAUCCAAUCUGCAGUUACACCAGCAAAUUCAUAGUGGGGAGAGGACAUUCAUCUGUUCUGAAUGUGGGAAAGGAUUCACUCGGUCAUCUGAACUGCUUCUACACCAAGGAGUUCACACUGGGGAGAAGCCGUUUAACUGCUCUGAAUGCGGGAAAGGAUUCACCCGGUCAUCUGAGCUGCUUUCACAUCAGCGAAUUCACACUGGGGAGAGACCAUUCACCUGCUCUGAAUGUGGGAAGGGAUUCACCCGGUCAUCUGAGCUGCUCUUACACCAAAGGGUUCACACUGGGGAGAAGCCGUUCACAUGCAGCGUGUGUGGGCAGAGCUUUGCUCGGUCAUCCAGCAUGAGGAGACACCAGAGAAGCCACACUGGAGAGAGGCCCUUCACCUGCAAUGACUGUGGGCAGAGGUUCAUGCGGUCAUCCAGUCUGCGGACACACCAGCGAAUCCACACUGGAGAGAGGCCCUUUGCCUGCACUGAUUGUGGGAAGAGGUUCACUCAGUCAUCUAACCUGCAGUCACACCAGCGAAUCCACAAUGGGGAGAGGACAUUCAUCUGCUCCGAGUGUGGAAAGAGGUUCACUCGGUCAUCUGAGCUGUGCUUGCACCAGCGAACACACACUGGGGAGAGGCCAUUCACCUGCUCGGAGUGUGGGAAGGGGUUCACUCGGUCAUCUGAGCUGCUUUUACACCAGCGAACUCACACUGGGGAGAAGCCCUUCAGAUGCACCAAGUGUGGGAGGAGAUUCACUCAGUCGUCCAACCUGCGGACACACCAGCGAAUUCACGACGGGGAGAGGUCCUUCAUCUGUUCUGUAUGUGGGGAGGGAUUCACCCGGCCAUCUGAGCUGCUUUUACACCAGCAAAUUCACACUGGAGAGAGACCCUUCACCUGCUCAGUAUGUGGGGAGGGAUUCACCCAGUCAUCCGAAUUGCUUCUGCAUCAGCGGGUUCACAAUGAAGGGGGUCCAUUCACCUGCACUGAGUGUGGGCAAAGAUUCGUUCAGUCUUCCAGCCUGCGGAUGCACCAGCAAGUUCAUACUGGGGAACGGCCCUUCACCUGCACCAAGUGUGGUAAGGGAUUCAUUCGGUCAUCCCACCUGCAGACUCAUCAGCGAAUACACACUGGUGAGAGGCCAUUCGUUUGCACUGAGUGCGGGAAGAGAUUCACUCAGUCAUCCACCCUGCGGACACAUCAGCAGAUUCACAAAGGGGAGAGGUCCUUCACCUGCAGUGAGUGUGGAAAGAGAUUCACUCGGUCAUCCAGUCUGAGAACACACCAGCAAAUUCACACUGGGGAGAAACCCUUUGUUUGCAUGGAGUGUGGAAGGAGAUUCAUUCAGUUAUCCAACCUGCGAACUCACCAACGAAUUCACACUGGAGAGAAGCCAUUCAUCUGCUCCGUGUGUGGAAAGGGCUUUACUCGGUCAUCCCACCUACAGAAACAUCAGUGCAAAAACACUGAGGAGAAACAUGAUGUGUGCUGAAUAUUCGGUAUUCAAAGUCAAAGUAAAUAGAUUAUCAAAGUACAUUUAUGUCACCAUUUACUACCCUGAGAUUAAUUUUCUUGCAGGCACUUACAGGAAAAUAAAGAGAUACAGCAGAAUUAUGGAAAAGCUAUACAUAAACAAUAAUUUACAAACAACCAAUGUGCAAAAGACAAAUUGUGCAAAUAAAAUUAAUACUAAGAACGUGAGUCGUUCAGAGUCCUUGAGAGCAAGUCUGUAGGUUGUCGAAUCAGUUCAGAGUUGAGGUGAGUGAAGUUAUUCACACCAGUUUAGAAGCCUGAUGGGUUGAGGGGUAAUAACUGUUCCUGAACCUGGUGGUGUGGGACCCAAGGCUCCUGUACAUCCUUCCCGAUGGAAGUAGUGGGAAGAGAGCAUAGCCUGGAUAGCGGGCGAAUGCUGCUUUCUUGUGGCAGUGCUUCAUGUAGAUGUGCUGAAUGGUGGAGAUGGAUGGGGCUGUGUUCACUACAUCAGUACUGCUGGAAGCAGUGUAAGUUCCCAGAUAGCUUCAGGUGUCAGAUUAUGUCGCUAUUGCUGUUGCUGAUCUCUCCUUGGAACAAACCCCAGACACUUGGUAGAGGCGUUUUAUUUUGCUGAUGUACUGGGCUAGAGU